AUGUCUUCCUGGAACGGCCGCCAGCUGCGAUCAUCAAGCAAAGGCGGCGACAACGGUCUUCGUCGCGAAUCGUCUGCAAAGUACCUCAGUGACACGCGCCCAAGGUCGCUUCUCUACGGCAACGGUGGUGGCUUCCGCAGCAGGGACCCCAGGAUGACAAUAGACGAUUCAGACCGGUACUACAACAUCUAUACACCUCGAUGGGGACGCCCCUCAGCGAGUGGUGGGGCGAGGACCACUCGUGUGGAGGACAUGCCAGUAGGAUCUACAUCUCGCGAUGACCGGCGACGACACGCUAGUCGCAGCAGCGGAAUAAAUGGACCAAGGACUCGAGGGCGGAGUGGGCGUGGUGGCGACGGGUGGUACGAUGCGUCUUCCUCGAGGUCCGCGUCGUCCUACACCUACUCGUACUCGAGCAGUGAUCUCAGCAGCGGCGACGCCUCGAGCGAAGGGGGAGCACGGGCCCGGAGUGGGGUCUACAGUGGGCCUCGUGUACAACAACGGCCGCAAAAGAAAUCGUUGCAGCCAACGCCCCAUGGAAGUGUUCGAUCCCAACUACGCGCUACGUCCGUUGGGUCUCCUCCGCUAGAUGCGCCGCCGCCCGGUGCGAUUCGGUGGGUGGGCGGUGGCCGGAGAGACACCGAGACCCAAGCCGGUGAGGGGGAAUCGAGGACCGGUCCCCUGUCGCGUUCGCACGCUGACGCGAAUGAGCAGGACGGCUUGGCGAUGAACGCAGAGCCACCUCGACCUCGUAUCUCAGCUCAGAUGCCCUCACUGCAGCCGACUGGCUGGCUGCGGCGUAUCAUCGCAGCCGUUGCGCACUAUCGCGGUGCCCCUCCGCCACCGUCCGUCCCGUCCGAGGUGAUUCUCGCUUUUGACGAAUACGUGUCGAGUGGGUCGACGAUGCUGAAGUUCAUUCCCCACGGCCCACCGCACCCGCGCUUCUUUGUGAUUCGCUUCCUUAACGUUAUGGCAGGCUUGAUGCGCAGUGGCGGUGGACGGGCAUAUGACCAGGAGCCGAGUGUUCUCUACGCAGUCUUGUCGUGGUACCGCACCCUGUCCAGUCGGCGCAUGAUCCGCUUCUUGCCGCUUCACGACCUGAUCGAGGUGCGGGCGAGCGGGACAGAUCACCAAUACGUUCGCCGGCGCACAGUGCAGCCUGGCAUCUUGCGUGGCCCACGCUCGGGAUUCGUGACGAACUACGUGCGCGCUGACUUUAUUCUGCAGUUUCGCUUCUGCUCGCGCCUCUCACAGGCCGAGGAGACGCUGGCGAUUAUGGCGGCGAACCGCGCCGAGUACCUGGCAUGGCUCGUGGUGGGCACCUUCAUUAGCCAGAUCGGCAACGUAUGCUAG